CGCCGGGAAACGGAAUGCCACGCAGAAGGAGCAUCUGCCUGCUGGUGCCUUGGGAUAAUGAACCACUGGUGCUGCCCCCGGGGCCUGACCCUGGCUACCCCAUCACGGCAGAGAUCAUAGAGGAGGAGAGGAAGGCAGCGCAGCAGCGGUUGUGCCGACUGCUGGGGCAAAAGGAGGGUUCAUCCAGCCCUGCCUCUUGGACGCAGGCAAGAUCCAGGACCCAGGGAACUCUCAAGCGGCUAAAGGCAGGCAUCCAUCAUUCCCAUCAGUAAAUGGCAGUGCUGCUGGCCCCCCAGCUGCGGG